UCCAGUUUUUUCUAUAGUCAACCUAACUCUCAUUAGUAUCCGUCAUACUCUCAAGUUAACACAUGAAAUCGUGUUCAUUAUAACAAGGUUAGCCGUAACCUAUUUACUUCACAAUACGAACUUUAUGGCAAGUCGUCUUAGAAGUUAUUUAACAGAACAACUGGCCCCGUUUACAGAACCUCCUUAUGAUCAACGUGGUGAUGAAGAAAUCGUUCUGGAGGCUGAAGAAUUAAAAACGGAGCCGAUUUUUAUUAAAAGUUCUGGUAAAACUUUGGCGGAAACUCUUUGGGAACUAUUAUUUGAUAAAUCUCAUUCCCCCUCUCCUGAUUCUUCUUUAAAAGGACUUGCUUGGAUUUUCCAAAGCGUUGAAGAUGAAUCCGAUGAGGGUUAUAUACCCGAACGCAAAAUUCAUAGAGAAAGGAGAAUUACCAUUACUCAAGGCCAGCAGUUUAUCUCCGGAGAAAUGCCAUUUGUUUCCAAACGAAUACUGCAGAUCCAUUUAGCCAUCGCUAAGCACGUGUUCGGUGUCAGAUCUGCAAGGUUUGAGCGGUUUUUUGAGUUCUGCUCGGGUGAUCAUCACAUGUUAUGGCAUCAAAAAGUACUUCGAAUUCUCGCAGCGUUGAAUCCGUGGCUCAUCGAACCCGCAAAACUUUAUGUGAAUUGGUGGCUGGCCGCGGCGACCACCUCUCUUCGGGACAAUUUUCACUUUUUACUGGAAGAUAUGGAAAAGUAUUCGCCUUUACUCUUAGAAAGGGCACUGAAAAAAUUUUUACCGCCCACGUGUUCGCCCCAGCACUCGUAUAAAAUUCACCGGAAGUCUUUGAGUCUAUUGCCUCGGUCUCAGAAGAUUAAGGACUUCCCUUUUCUUCCUUUCAACUUUCUGUGGGAACUGAGCUCGGUUUCGGUGGGUUUUUCUGUUGUUCGCAGAGAAAAUUCGCUAUUAAUUUUCAGAUUACCGUUUUCUUUACUUUCCUGUUCUCGUUCAUUUCGGCCGCUGGACGAUUCGGUGUUUGAGUUUAUGUUAAAGUCAGAAAAGUUUAUUCCUUUUUGUUAUGAAAAUCAGAUUGAUUUGAGCGGUUGCCGACUGUCUCCCUCUCCCCCUUUUUCUAAAGAAAAAUAUUUAACUGCUUAGGUUAUUGGCUAACAAUAGUGACUGAUUUUAUUUUUGACAACAAAACGUACUUCUGUACUCAUCGUUUUUUUUGUGUAAGUGGGAA